AUGCCUUGCUCUAAGCAGCCUGAUUACUUACAGACUUUGAGCCUUCUACACUGGCCCUUGAGCUACCUUGCCAUCUUUUGGAUCUUGCAACCACUGUUCAUUUGCCUGUUGUUUACAUCUUUGUGGCUACUACCAACACUGUACUUUGCCUGGUUAUUUCUGGACUGGAAGACUCCAGAUCAAGGUGGCAGGCGGUCAGCCUGGGUAAGAAACUGGUAUAUCUGGACCCACAUCAGGGACUAUUUCCCCAUUACGAUCCUAAAGACUAAGGACCUGCCACCUGAGCACAACUACCUCAUGGGGGUUCAUCCCCAUGGCCUUCUGACCUUCGGCGCCUUCUGCAACUUCUGCACUGAGGCCACAGGCUUCUUGAAGACCUUCCCAGGCAUCACUCCUCACUUGGCCACACUGUCCUGGUUCUUCAAGGUCCCCCUUAUUAGGGACUAUCUCAUGGCCAAAGGAGUGUGUUCUGUGAGCCAGCCAGCCAUCAACUACCUACUGAGCCAUGGCACUGGAAACCUCGUGGGCAUUGUUGUAGGAGGAGUGGGAGAGGCCCUACAAAGUGUGCCCAACAGGACCACACUCAUCCUUCAGAAGCGUAAGGGGUUUGUGCGCACAGCCCUCCAACACGGGGCUCAUCUGGUCCCUACCUUCACCUUUGGAGAAACUGAGGUGUAUGACCAGGUGGUGUUCCAUCAAGACAGCAGGAUGUACAAGUUCCAGAGCUUCUUCCAUCGUGUUUUUUGUUUCUAUUUUUGUGUCUUCUAUGGACAAGGCUUCCGCCAAGGUUCCACUGGACUCCUACCAUACCACAAGCCUAUUGUCAUUGUAGUUGGGGAGCCUCUGCCACUGCCCCACAUUAAAAAACCAAGCCCAGAGAUGGUGGACAAAUACCAUGCACUCUAUAUGGAUGCCCUGUACAAGCUGUUUGACCAGUAUAAGACCCAGUAUGGCUGCUCUGACACCCAGAAGCUCAUUUUCUUGUGA